AUGAGAAUCGCUUCUGCUGCCAUUGCAUUGGGAUUCGCAUUCGCAUUGGCAGCGAUCGCGUUCGCCUGCUGCACUCUGCCGACGACGACAACGGAUCCGAAUUCGCUCGCAUCGGCCAUCUACUCGAGCGAUGCUGUGCGCGCUGUGAUGGAUGCGCUGGACGAGCUCAGCGUGAGGCUCCACCGCGGACUCGGCAAGCUGUCCCGCCACAUGAAACCAGCGAGUGAAUCCGAGUCAUCUCAGACAGCGAGCAGCCAGGCGGCAUGGACGGGACGGUUGCCGCCGCUCUCGGCAGACUUGCUUGCGCAGAUCAACGAGUGUCGCCAUGGCGCGCUGUACACGACGCCCGAGUGCAUGGCGCGAUGCGUUGCGUGGUCGAACGCGACGCUCCGAAAUCCGAAACAAGAGCACGCCAUGUACGCCCUUGCAGAGGGGCGCGUUUCGUGCCACGCGUGUCCUGGAUACAUGGCACGAUCGAAUACCCUGUUCGAUGCCGUGGUGGAGGCAAACAAGCGACUUCAGCGCGUCUCGGAUGCUGAAUUUGUCGCGGAUUCUGAAUCUGAAUCUGUUUCACAUUCUGAGCUCGACUCGGGCAAGUCAGCAGCUGCCAAACAUCGACCAAGGCGACCAUUGUGGGGCCGUCUUUUGGAUGCUGGUACAGGCACGGACUCGCUCAACUGGGCCUUGUCUCUGGCUCCGAGCAGAAUCCAAGAAGAGACGGCCCUCGAUCCCGCGAGCAUCACAGCGGUCACAGCAAGCGUGGACAUGUAUCGCACAACCCUCAGAGCAUUGCAAACCUACCAAGCACGGCAGGACGCCAAUCCAAGAUGGAAGCAGGACGAGACUGUGCAUCUCGUCCGAGGCGCGUGGCUCAAUCCGUCGCUUCUCGCCAAGCCGACCUCUCAGGCGUGGGACGCUCAGGCAGUGUGGGUACAAUCUUUGACCUCGAACUGUGAGGAAGAAGAAGACUCAGACAAGACGGCUGCAUACGAGAAAUUUGAUACCAUCCUCGCCGACUACCUGAUUGGCGCCGUGGAUGGCUUUACACCAUUUCAUCAGCACACUGUCUUAUCGCGCCUCGCACGGCACAUGGUGCAUGGAUCGCGCAUGUUCGUACUCGGGAUGGAGCCUUACCCAGAUUCAGCCUCUACGCCAGGAGGCGAGUUGGUUUUGAAAGUGGCCGCGCUUCGCGACGCCUGCAUUCUCUUGGCUGGCCAGCGACCCUAUCGCGAGUACCCCAUCGAGUGGAUUCAAGACCAUUUGCGACUUGCCAACUUGACGAUUCGCGAGUCCAUCACAUUCCCUGUCGUCUACGGCGCUCGCAAGCUCAUCUCUCAGCUGGAAGUGUGCGAGUACAAGUUACAGCUGAUGACGGAACUCGGUGAGCAAACCAUUCGAGAGGCGUUGCAAGAACGAGUGGAUGCACUCAAGGUGGCCGUUGAAAACGACCCAGAAAUUGCCGCUGGGCUGUGCUUUGGUGCAGACUACGUUGUAGUCGCAUCAUGCGACGGGCCAUCCUGUGGGUACUAGCGGCAUGGAGAGUUCCAGCAUCACAAUAGGAUGCAACGAUGGUUAUUCACGAUGGAAGAGCUCGAAAGUACAAUCUUGUAAUUUUUUAUACUGUAGUUUGCAUGCCACACAACAACAACAACAAGGAAAAUCAUCAACACCGAAAAUUCGUAACAAUGCAAAAAAAAGCAUGUUCUA